CUGGCUUCUCGCUGGCUGCGCCGAGGGGCUGCGAGUGCUCCCGAAGGCGGGCUGGGGGCGCAGCUCGGCCGCCCGCCCGUGCGGGGCCGAGAGGAGGCCCUACGGCAGACCACCGGGCGCGCCGUCUGCUCGCCGGAGCCCUCCCCGCGGCGCCCGUUGGGUGUGUGCGUGCGCGCCAGGGGCGGGGGUCCGGCCGCUCUGCGCGCGGAUCACCUUGGGACGGGGCUCUUCCCACGCGGAUCAGAGGCAGCUUUGGGCACAGAAACUGCCGAGGAAUCAGGCAAACAAAAGAGGCCACUCAGCCGGUGGCCAGAAGUCGCCCGAGUGCCUCGUCGCGUCCCUUGGGGGUGGGGACCGGCCCCUUGUGGGGCGGGGAGAGGGCGCCCUGCCGGCCGGGGAAGAAGAGUUGGCGGCCUGCUGGGUGGCCUCGGUGCUUGUUUUCCCGGCCUGGCUUGUUGUGAAGCCGGACACAUCCACCCUUGGACCCGAUUCAGGACGCUGCUGCUUUUCUUCUCGCCCCUCUUGGAUUUUCCGGAUUUUUGAAAACCCAGUGGCCCAGGAGGAGGAGAAGGAAGGAGGAAGGAGCAGGUCUGCAGAGGAAUGUGAGAGGGGCCCAAGGCCGGGGGAGCCGCAAGGAGCUGGGAGCCACGGCUGCAGGGUUUCUGGAAAGGUGUUGUUCCAGCGGAAAGCGUCGACUUCUUGCCCUUGCAGAGCUGAUUUAUACGAGUCGCUUGACUUUCUCUCUGGGAGAGAGAGGCUGGAGAGACAUCCCCCUUCAGGGGCUGCCGCAGGAGGACUAUGGGCGUGAGCCCUCCCUGCUCACAGGACUGUGUCAGGAGAUCUGAUAGGGCAGUUUCUGGACCAUGGACAUUAUUCUGAAAAGAGGGGGGCUGGACAGAAUCUGUGGGUGCUGAGACCCCCCUUAAGGGCUGAGACACUGAUUUGCUGUGAAAGGCCUCUAGUUGCUAGUACAUUCCUGGGCACCCUGGUGAGUGUCCCCAGUUGCAGGCAGACCCUCCCCUUACCCUCUCCCACCACAGGCCCAGCCAUGGCACUGAGAGGCCGGGCUCUCUACGACUUCUGCAGCGAGAACAAGGAAGAAAUCAGCGUCCAGCAAAAUGAGGACCUGAUCGUCUUCAGCGAGACCUCACUGGAUGGCUGGCUGCAGGGCCAGAACAGCCGGGGGGAGACGGGGCUCUUCCCCGCCUCUUACGUGGAGAUCAUCCGUUCUGGCCCCAGCUCCAACCACGCAGACUGUUCCCGCAGUCCCGCAAGCUCUCUGGGCACCCAGGUGAGCUUGUACGACAGCUCCAGCGUGGCCAGCCCUUCAAGGAGCGGUGGGCACGGUGGCUUCCUCUCAAACCAGGGCAGCUUUGAGGAGGAUGAGGACGAUGACUGGGAUGACUGGGAUGAUGGGUGCACUGUGGUGGAGGAGCCACGGGCUGGCGGGCUGGGUACCAACGGGCACCCCCCACUCAACCUCUCCUACCCUGGUGCUUAUCCCAGCCAGCACAUGGCCUUCCGGCCCAAGCCGCCCCUGGAGCGGCAGGACAGCCUGGCAUCUGCCAAGCGCGGCAGUGUGGUGGGGCGCAACCUCAACCGUUUCUCAUGCUUUGUGCGCUCUGGAGUGGAGGCCUUUAUCCUAGGUGAUGUGCCCAUGAUGGCGAAGAUCGCCGAGACAUACUCCAUUGAAAUGGGUCCUCGUGGCCCCCAGUGGAGGGCCAACCCCCACCCAUUCGCCUGCUCAGUGGAGGACCCCACCAAACAGACCAAAUUCAAGGGCAUCAAAAGCUACAUCUCCUACAAGCUCACACCCACGCACGCUGGCUCGCCUGUCUACCGGCGCUACAAACACUUCGACUGGCUCUAUAAUCGCCUCCUGCACAAGUUCACUGUCAUCUCAGUGCCUCACCUGCCGGAGAAGCAGGCCACGGGCCGGUUCGAGGAGGACUUCAUUGAGAAGCGGAAGCGGCGGCUCAUCCUCUGGAUGGACCACAUGACCAGCCACCCUGUAUUGUCCCAGUAUGAGGGCUUUCAGCAUUUCCUCAGCUGCCUGGAUGACAAACAGUGGAAGAUGGGCAAACGCCGGGCAGAGAAGGAUGAGAUGGUGGGUGCCAGCUUCCUGCUCACCUUCCAGAUACCCACGGAGCACCAGGACCUGCAGGACGUGGAGGACCGCGUGGAUACUUUCAAGGCAUUCAGCAAGAAGAUGGACGAUAGCGUCCUUCAGCUCAGCACUGUAGCUUCGGAGCUGGUGCGUAAGCAUGCGGGGGGCUUCCGCAAAGAGUUCCAGAAGCUGGGCAAUGCCUUCCAGGCCGUCAGUCAUGCCUUCCAGAUGGACCCCCCCUUUAGCUCUGAGGCCCUCAACAGUGCCAUUUCUCACACGGGCCGCACCUAUGAAGCCGUGGGUGAGAUGUUCGCUGAACAGCCCAAGAAUGACCUCUUCCAGAUGCUCGACACACUGUCUCUGUACCAGGGCCUGCUCUCCAACUUCCCUGACAUCAUCCACCUGCAGAAAGGAGCCUUCGCCAAGGUGAAGGAGAGCCAGCGCAUGAGCGAUGAGGGCCGCAUGGCGCAGGACGAGGCGGACGGCAUCCGCAGGCGCUGCCGUGUGGUGGGCUUCGCCCUACAGGCCGAGAUGAACCACUUCCACCAGCGCCGUGAGCUCGACUUCAAGCACAUGAUGCAGAACUACCUGCGCCAGCAGAUCCUCUUCUACCAGCGGGUAGGCCAGCAGCUGGAGAAGACGCUGCGCAUGUACGACCACCUCUGACCACACGCACCUGGCUCCCUCCCCGCUCCAAGGCCCGUUUCCACAGUGCCGCUGCUGUCCAGGCCUCCCCUCCCAGCAGUGGCGAGGAGGGUGGGGGUGGACUUUGGAGGAAUCAUGGGUGUGCCUUAGAGCUGGGAGCGCAGCAGGGGUGAGGCCUGGGCUGCCAGUCAGUCACUUGAGGCAAGGCCACGGCCUUGGCCUCCCCAGAACCUACAGCGCCUGCUCACCUGGCCACCAUCCCCUUGCCAAUUCAGCAGACACUGGGGCCUGCUGCAGCUCUGGGUCAGGCUGGGUACCCAGGGCUGCCCUUGGGAUGUCUCCAGUGGAGGUGGGGUCAGACACAGAAAUAGACAAGGGCAGCGCAGAGUGACCAGUGGUAAAUAAGAGGUUCCUGGAAGCUCACAGAAGGGACCAUUCAUGCUGCUGGUCAGGAAAAGAUCCACAGAGUAGGUGAUAUUCGAGCAGUGUCUCGGAGAAUGGUAAGAACCUGCCAGACAGUAAAUGGCGACAGCAGGUGGGGAGGACAUUCAAAAGAGAGGGACAGUGUGGGCAAAGGUCUGGAGGCACGAGAACAGCCCUCUCCUCUCCCUCACCUUUCUCAAGCAAGUUUGGUGCCCCCAUGGUGGGGACCCUGGCCUGCAGGACAGAAGGGAAGCCUCUUCCUUGCUCUCCGGUCUCAGUCCCUGCCCCGCCCCCAUCCCCCCAGGAGGGGCUGCAGGCCAGCUUUUCUUGACUCCCUGCACCUGCUGAGCCCCUGUCACCCCCUGGUUAGUGGACCACGCAGCAUCUAUUCCCUGGGCUCAAGGUGCUGUGACAAGCUACGGACCCUACGACCCUGGUGGCACCUUCCUGGGGGUGACGCCUAAAAGUUACCGCAUAUUUGAGUUCACCAGCAGUAGCUCCCCACACUCCGAGCGGGCUUGGCCCUCAGGCUCCUUGGUCCCUGUGAACCCCAGAAUCCUUCUUGUUGCACUGCCCAAGGGUCCUGGGCCCACGUGCCACCGCCAGCCUGUGGUGGGAGCCCCAGCUCCCAGUCAGGUCGUGCUGCCUCCCACCAUGUUCAUCCUCGAGGAGGCUGCUCCCUCCCCCUGGGCCGGCGCGGGGUCCAGCAGUGGGUAGGGGGGCUGGCAGGGGCCGCCGCUGGCGCCCCCAGGAGGUCAUGCUCCCUCCUGGCUACUGCCUGAAUCAUUUUUCUUUCUUUCUUGUUUUCUUGAUAAACCUUUUACAGUUAAGAUAACAAA